GAUUUGUUAAGCUUAACGGAACUACUCUCAGUACAGCAAGUGCUGAAGUGUUGUCAUGUGUUAAUAAGUUAAAAAUGUGAACAGGACCGAUGAUGAGAAGCUCCGGCUGGUUCCUGACAGCAGUACUUCAGGUCAUCAUCUUUGUAUGACGGGCUGUGCCAGCUUUGUCCUCAUCAUUCAUUCAGCAUUUCCAUAAUUUUUUCUUCAGUGCAGUAGUACCAUGAAGAGUGGAGGAAGAGGUAAGGCACAGCCUGUUGAGGAGGUCACUGGCAAAAGACCUAAACGUAAAUGCCUGCAGUGGCACCCUCUUCUUUCCAAGAAGGCUUCAGAGUUCUCUGAGGAAGAGGAAGAAGAAGAUGAGGAGGAGCUGGGGAAGGCAGGGCUGUGCAGUGAAGAUCAGGACUCCCAAGUGCAUAAUGUAAGCACAACAGAGGAAGCUGAAGAAGACUCUAAUGAACACCGGGCACGUCGGCCUAUGAAUGCUUUCCUCCUCUUUUGCAAGCGGCACCGUUCUCUGGUGCGACAGGAACAUCCUCGUCUUGACAACCGUGGGGCCACAAAAAUAUUGGCUGACUGGUGGGCUGUGCUGGAGCCCAAGGAGAAGCAGAAAUACACUGAUAUGGCCAAGGAGUAUAAAGAUGCCUUUAUGAAGGCAAACCCAGGCUAUAAGUGGUGUCCCACUACAAGCAAGCCACUCAAGAGCUCUUCCUAUCAGCAUGUCAGCUGUCCUCGCAAAAAGGUGUGGUCCUUCUCCUGCAACUCAUCCAAGGACUCUACUGCCAAAAAUGUGCCCAAAAACGACAGUUUGCACCAGUUGAACUUUGCCAUGGCAGACCCCACAAAGAUGGGAGGCCUGAGCAUGCUGCUGUUAGCUGGUGAACACGCCCUCACAAACAGGGAGAUCUCUCCCAGCACUAAAUCUACAUUACCUGACAUAGCCAUUAAAGGAAGCUCCUUUUCAGAGGAAACUAAAGAGAUGUUGUCUCAGACAAUUCCCAACAGAGUGCCUGAUAUUAUUGACAGCAGGAUGAAGACAGGGCUUUCCCUGGUGGAAGAGUCUUCCUUGUCAGGCACCCAUGAAGGAAAACCAUACAGACAGUCAGCUCUCUUCCAGCUUGCAGAGAUGUGUUUAGCAUCAGAAGCAGGAAAAAUAGACUCAAUAGUGUCUCAGCCCGAUGACAACUGCUCCACAGCAACACUCAAGCAAAUAUCCAUGAAGCCAGGAGUUAAGGAGGAGAGAGACAACUCUGACUGCUGUAGUCCUUCUCAUAGAUCGCCCUCCCCUCCAUCUCCUUCCUCUGGAACAUCCACCCCCACUGCUCAGCAUACAAGCCAAAGUGGAUGUGUCAAAAAGAAGAACAAGAAAUAUGAGGAGGUGAAGUCUAAUGACAUCCCAUGUUCAGAAAAGAGAGUGGGCACAAAUUGUCAGCACUUGGAAUCAAAUGUGGACAGCACCAUUGAGGCAGUGGCCAGAGGAGCUUGGAUUGACAAAGAGGAUAAAUCCAAGAAGAAGACCCCUCCCAGUUUUAUCAGUAGAAGCUCCAGUCUGCCACAAAAGAAAACUAAGACCAAAGUUAAGACACUGGUUAAAGCAAAAGAAGAGGAGUUGGAAGACAGCAGCAAGCUGCAGGGAUCCUCUGAUGGGGAGAGAAAGAAAGUAGUGCCUGGCAUUGAGGCCAAGAUUGAAACAGAAAGUGUAAAUAGUGAAAGCACAGGCCUUCAAGGCUGCAUGCCAGAGUCUCCCCAGCUCCACUGCGGCCAAUCGCCGGUGAAGCCCAAAGAAGAGGACAAGGAGAAGCACAAGGAGAAAGAACAGCAGAAGGCUAGUGACACAACCUGUGAGCUGAACACACACAACCAUGGCUCCAGAAAAUCAGAGCGAAGCUGUAAGGGUGCCUUGUACAAAACUCUUGUGUCUGAGGGAAUGCUAACUUCACUGAGAGCCAAUAUAGACAGAGGUAAAAGAGGUGGCUUACGCGCUUUUGAUCAUGAGUCUAACUGGAGUCAGGACAGCUGGACAGUUUCACACUUGGGACCAAGUAAUACCAAGAAGCUAAAAAAGUCCAAGUCCAAAGAAGAGUCUUCACAGAGCCUGGGAAAACUAGAAGAAGAGUUUGAAAAGAAGUUCAACAGCCUGCCACAGUACAGUCCACUCACCUUCGAUAAGAAGGGGACAGCUGUUGCCAAGAAAAAGAAAACUGACUGCUCCUCUAGCGUAGAUGAAUCCUCUAAAGCUCCAAAAGUGGAACAGAGUAACUGCUGGCAGUUGGAUUCAGUUUCAAAAGCUCAGCCCUCUGCUUCCAUGUUCCCUGACAUCCAUGGUGCCUCCAGCAUGGAGAUGCUGGUUGGCAGCCAGAAGAGGAAGGCUAGGAAGUCCAGGAUUACACACUUGGUGCGCACGGCUGAUGGCAGUGUUUCUGCAGCUGAAGAAAACAAAGCUGGGGAUCUAAACCAGGAACAGGAUAAGAAGCCAUUAAACCAACAGAAUUUAUGCAAUGAAAAAAGGUGCUACAGCAGUCCCACAGCAGAGGAGACUGGGCGGAACACCUUACCACCAGAGUUACCUGCUUUCUUCAGUUUGGCAGCCCUUGCUGAGGUAGCAGCCAUGGAAAAUGUUCACAGAGGCCAGAGAAACUUAGCUCAAAGCCAGAAGAAAGAACUUGUACAAACUCCGGUUCUCAUAUCCUGCGCUGAUCAGUGAAGUGAUGCUGCUGCUUCUGGAAGAAGAUGACAUGAACAGUAGUAGUGAAGCUUUGCUUUCCUGAGAGGUUGUUUGUUUGGAAGGCUUGGACAAACUCCAGACUCUGAUUUUGCUUGAAUCUAAUAUAUGGGGAAAGAAACCCUCUCCUCUUCUCCCGCCUGCCCCUUCUCUGUUGGUGUCUCAGUGUUUCAUCCUGAGCCUCUGUUGGGCUUCAGGGAGAAUGCUUUUCUCAAAGGAUAGCUUUGUGUAUUCAAUGGAUGAUGUACUUGACACUCAGUGAAUUCCCUACAGUAAGUGGUGGUCAGUACAGUCUAGUUGUUGAGAAACAAGUAGAGUAGGUAAGGUGGACUUUCAGGUAGACUGUUUUCUCAAACGCACUAGCUGCUUUGAGGAAAAUGGUCAUAAGAACAUUGGAGCUGUUGGUCUGUUGCCGAACAGCAGGCCAACAGCUCCUGUGUUAUGCAAACUAAAAUCAUCCCUUUGUCAACAGUUUUUGGAUAUAAAGGGGGCCAUUUAUAUACUUCCAUCACAGUUCCACAUACAUCACAACUUGAAGAGAGAUGGGCUCUUAGCUUUUGGAAGGAGCUUUGUGAAUUGCUUCUUGGUUUUCAGUAUCUCUGCUGCAGUGGUCAGAAGAUCCUCAGCUUGGGCAGAAAGAAGGAUUUGAGGAUUUGCUUCAUCUGUCAGGAAUCCUCAGUGAUCCUACAAUUAUUGCAAGCUGUCGCUGCUGUGUACCGCAGUGUGACACGGAUCACUCCCAACAGCCACAUGCACAAAAGAUCUAUCUACACUGAUGUGUUCCAUAUGUAUGGAAAUGAAAACAUCAACAAUGGCACAUUUUGUGGCUGCAGUCACUAUGUACUGUUUAGCACCGCCACUGAAAAGAAACACCUACUAUAUUUACACCUGAUUAGUCUGUGCAAAAAAAAACAAGCUUUCCUCAGUGCAUGGCUUCCUUUUUAAAGGUGGUUCCUAUAGAUUUGUUGUAUACUGUUAUAAGGAAGCCAUUUUGGAGGUUAAGUGUGACUGAAAAGACCUAAUUUUUUAAAUGGGACUGUGAAAGUGCUUUUGACUUGCAGUCAUGUUUGUUGUUUUUUACUUGAUGAAUAGUUCCCACACCUCUCUGAACACAUUUGUAUGUGGAAAAGCUUCUUUGCCUCCAGCUUCAUCCCAAAAGAACUUUUAACCAGGGUAAAUGAUCAUGACAGACUUCCUUUAAAGCUGUGGUAUGUUAAUCUUUUAAAAAAUAGUUUUUUUUACAUAUUUCUUAAAACUGUCAUUAUGUUGUGACAGUACGGUAUGAGACAAAUAAUCUGUGAAAAAAUUGAGUUCCUCUGCCUUCUCCCAGUGCAAACUACAGAAAUACACAGCUCAGUCAAAAACAACCAAUUACAGCCAGGAGGAGGGUCUUAGCGCUGUCAAAUACUCUAGUGUAUGCACUGCGCUCACCCCCUGUCCCCUUGCUCUCUGCUAUGCUACAGCUUGUCCUUAUCAGACCACCUAUGAUGGCAGAUGGAACAGUUAGGUUAGUUGUUUCUUCGCCAUUAGCACCAUGAGCACGAGGUUGAUAUGACUGAUAACAUAUUGAUAUAUAUAAUAUAUACUGAUGUCGCUAAGACCUUCCUCCUGGCUCUGUUUGGUUGUUUCUGGUUGGCAGCGCUGCAUUUCUUCAGACAGCAACAGUAGCUCAGGGAGGAUCGAUCUUUUCACUGGCUCAUAGUUUACUGUCAGGACAUACUGACAGUUUUAGCAAAGAUUUAAAAAACUGUUUUUUAUAUAAAAACACAGCUCAGUUUUAACAACUACUUGCUCAGUUUAUUUUGGUGGUAUACUAAUUUAGUGUCCUAGUAUGUAUUAUCAAUGAGCAUUUUAUAUUUAUGAGAAGAUGUUUUAGUUUAAGCAAAGUUUAUGUCAACUAAUGUUGGACUGAAUGUUAAGAGAAAUGCAUUCCCCUACAUCUGAACUAGAGUUCAUAAUAUCAGAGGACUUUGCUAUUGCUUAUCUUUCUGUUCAGUGUCCCUGGAAAUCAGGUGUCUGUUUUUAAAGCCGGCUUCUCAGAACUAAAAUCUAGCCUUAACCCUCCCACCUGCACACUGUUUGCCACCACAAAGUCCUGAAGCAGAUUUGUCAUCUCAGUUUUAACAUAUUUAAACAGUUCGAUGCAGUUUUCUCACUACUUGAGAAAAAGAUUUUAAUUUCUUGUCUGCAUAAUUUCCACAGAGUAUUCACUGCUUGUGUUUUCAGUUUCAAACUGCACUAAUUUGAAAUCAAAAUGAUGAAAUUUAAAUUCCACAUGGAAGAGUAAAGCAAUGCCCCCACUAGCCACAGGGUUCUUCUACCACCGUUGUGUCUUUGACAUUCUGAAUCAAGUUAGCUGUAGUUUCCACAUGAAAAAAACAGCAGCCUGCACUGUGAAGCAAGUUUUAGUGACCUUUUGAGGCAUCUUCAGGUUCAAUUCAUGAUUUUGUCUUCUUACCUGUGUCAUCUGUAUGCUUGAAAUCUUCCCUACUCCCAAGCAGCAGAAUUCCACCAAUUAGUGCACAUAACAGGGAAAAUGAAUGAAAUAGACAGUAGUAUACAACAGAAAGAGAAACAAUUUUAAGUUAGCUCUUUUCUAUUAAUAGUAUUUUCAGGGCCUAAAUCAGGGGUCUGCAACAUAUUGCUCCUGAGCUGCAUUUGGCACUUUGGACAUUCCAAAAUGGCUUCAUAACUUUGGUUAAAGUUAUAUAUAGAUUUUGCAGUUGAAGGUUAUGUUAACUGGUCUCUCCAAAUUGCUCUUAUUGUGGGUGUGGAUGAUUGUUUAUCCUAUGUGCCCUGUCCAGGGCGCACACCCCCCUCUUGCCCAGUAACUAUAUUUCCAUUACAAAUGUGCACAAAUCUUUGUCUCUAUUCUGCUAACAUAAAAAAAACAACACAAUUUUGCAAUUGCGGUGUUUCCAUUAAAUAAGAAAUUAAAUUAAAAUCUUAUGUGAAUAAGCUUUUAAUAACUUCCAAUAAGUUAUUAAAAGUUAUGGUAGCGAAGGAUGUAAACAAUUAAAU